AUGAAGGAUGCAAUCCGCUGUGCGAUGUAUGGAAACAGAGAUCCUGGCGUCCCGUUUAAUAACUACGUUAAGAGAUUACUUCUUGCCCGCGACAAUGGUGCUAUCAUGCAUGAACCCCCUUUGCAGCUUCCUCUUGGUGCCAAGCAGUACAUCGACAGACUUCCUCGAUUUUUGAACGCCGAACAAGUCGCCGCCCUCCGAGAGGGGAUGAUACCCGCAAACUCAUACAAUAAUUAUGUCAGUCUGGUGACCGGGCCACCCGGAACGGGGAAGACGAUGGUUUCUGUUCAGAUUGCUCUUUAUCAUAGAAAACGAGACAACAGAAUUCUCAUCGUGUGCGGGUCUAACCAUGGCCUCGACGUAAUCACUAGACGACUGCUUGAGGAACUGGGAAAAGUAAAGCUUUCAUCUGAUGGGGCCGCUGGCAUCGACAGAGCAUAUUACAAUAUUCUCCGCUCUAGUAUCGAAGCGGCGUCUGGAUUCGAUGUGUCUUUGGGAAGACACAUCCUUCGCGGACUAGAUCUAGCGAUCGGGCUCAAGUCUCAAUGGCCACAAACAACGGUGGAUCAGAGGAUAGAGAUGUUUCUGUUGUGGCAAUUGAUUACGUACCAGCACUGCCUAGCUAAAAGGGGCGUCCUUUUCUCCGAGUCCACAGAUAUCCCCUCGCUUAACCUUCAAGUACGGCGCCCAGGAUUACUAUUACAAGAAGACCCCGAGGAUGUCAUGAAAAGAUUAAAUUCUGAGUACAACCGAGCUUGGUUCGACCUCCAGGAGUUCUAUGUCAAGAAUUCAAGGAUAAUUUUGUGCACUUCGUCCACCGCAGGGCGGAAGGCGUUAAGAGGCUUUGCACCAGAGAUCAUUCUUUUGGAAGAAGCAACACAAAUUACGGAAAGCGUGGCCGUGAACUCCUUCAUUCGGUAUUACCGAUCGGCGAAAAAGGUCAUCCUAAGCGGUGAUGUGGCGCAGCUCCCGCCCACAGUCACAUCAUUUGGCAAAAAUGAAGCCUACGAAGCAGAGCGACUGUCACUGUUUGAACGGUUCCUGAAAACUGGGGUACGCCAUGUGCGCCUAAGAACCCAGUAUCGCAUGCACCCAGAUAUCGCGGAGUUUCCCAAUCGCGAAUUUUAA